AUGGAACAUAUACGGCAGUUUGAUUGGUGUUAUUCAGAGCCUGAUCGUUACUUUGUGAAUGAGGAAGACUUAGACAAUUGUGUGACUGAGAAAAUCCUUAGAAACCAGUUCCAUAAUCCUAUGGCUUCAAGUGAUUCGGAGGAUGAAAAACCUACUUUUGAUUGGGAUAAAAUAUUUUCACGCGAUGAAACUAGUGACAAGCAACAUCGUACCUUCGUGCCGGGACUUCGUGGAUUACCCCCGUUCCCGAAGUUGUCUGCUCUUACACAUCAACAACAUUACCAAUGUCUUAAGGUUCUGUGUGCUCAGAGUCCUCACAUUUUGGUCCAGGAGUUUGUACCUAGGCCUACCAAGCAGGAUUAUAAAGUAUUUGAAGAAGUCCAAGCAAUUUAUGCUAAAGAACAGAAAGAAUUUAUUGAAUGGGCAAAAUCCCUUUGGACAACUGGACACUGCAUAAGAGCUCUACGACCCAAACCACCUGUGGAAUCUGCAUAUGAAGCCGAGUAUCAAACGAGGGCCAAAGGACUGGAGUCCUUUCCCAAAAAUUAUCAGAUGGCUGCUCAAAUACCAUUGGAAUCUAAUAAUGAGAAAUUUGAGAUGAUGUUUGAGAAGGAGCUGAUAAGUGUGGAUAUAUCAGUGCUACCUCAAAUAAAAAGUCCAGAACCGAUAAGGAGUCGGUUAUCCAUAAUGUCACCGAUUGCAGUACCUGAGCCUUGCACAAAGCACCCUUGCCGGUUCGUGUUGCCAAACGAGUCUACAACUACAAUUCUGCCACUAACGGAAGUACACAGAGAGCUGGCACAGUAUGCACUGGAGAAUGGAGCCCAGUUCAUAGCCAGCGAGAAGGCGCUGAAGUGUCUCAUGGAAGUCGACAGGUAUUGGACUGUAUGUCUGUCUGUUUGUGAAGCAUUUACACUAGAUGGCGAAAAACGCAAUGUACUCGUGCUGGGCAACGAAUUUUUCCUAAUGCGGGAGUGCGCACAAAUGAGGACAUACCGGGCAUUCAGACACUUAUUGCAAUACGCUUUUGUACCUGAUUUGGAAAAGUCAAAAUUGUUUUACAAAAACAAUAAGAGGCCGGAGAGGAAAAAUUAUUUAAGUAGCAGAGUGAAUGAGGAGGAAGACCGUGAGGUGUCAAGUGAUGAUGAGGACAGUCUGUUCAUUGUCGCCGACACACAGCCAAAUGGUAAUUCAGACACAGACCCGAUGGAAACUGACGAAGUGAAAAGCCUAGAUGAAGAAGUUUCGAAACAGACAAAGGUUGAUCCAGUCUCUAGUCCUGUUAAAGGUGUAAAUGGGAAUAAAAACAAGAAUAAGGAUAAAAAUGACUUCUACAAAUGUACAUGUGAAGACACGCUGUUCGAGAGGCCACCGCCACGGUCUUUCAGGAAGUGGCGCUUGAGGAACAUAACUAGUCAAGAAAACUACGAUGUAGUAGUGCACUGCGCGCAUAAAGUGAAGGGUGAGGUCGGCGAAGUAAUAUUAGAGCCGAUACCCGAGUACCAGCUGGACUUGGGCGCCAGUCAGCUCUCAAAGGAGAAAAUGAGAAGCUUGGCGCUCUCACUUUAUUUAAGGAAAAACGCGUCACUUAUGAAUAUUCGAAUAGAAGGCCCAUCGGGUGAUGUGGUGCGGUGUGACACUGUCAACUUGGACGACUUGGUGAAAUCAGACGGCGACAUGCUGCCGGCCAUAAGCAACGUAGUUGGGACCACGCUGAAUCAGUUGCAGGGAUUGCUGCCCGGACAUUACUUACUGCAGCAUGAGCCAAGCCACGGCACGAAUGCGUUACUAUAUUCCUCUCGUCUCUCUGAUGGUGGAGAACGCCUCACUUUGGAUUUCGGCUGCAAACAGUUGCCCGAAGCUGACGAAGCCAAGAGCUUGAAGGCACCUCCCAUUUUGGCACCUAUUUUGCUGCCCGCACACAAAUUUCGUAAGAUUCUACCUUGUGCUUUCACGCCAAACGAGACGCAAGUCGCCAAAGAAACAAGGAGACCAGCCAACAAGCAGAAAGCCCCACCACAGGCCCUGACGUUGGAAGCGGAUGCAGGAAGCUACGGGAACGUUAAGGUACCAUCACUUGGGAUUGCGCGAUGUGUCGCGAACCGUUUUAGGGAUAUUACACGUGAAUCUUGGAGCCUGCGUAAAGUAUUACGUUGUUAA